AUGAGUGAUGUUGAAAUAAAGCAUAAGAGCUUGAAUCAUAGUUAUUCACUUGAACCAGAAGACUCGGAAACUAGGGCUUCUAUUGUGAAAACUGCCGAAUAUGUCAAGCGAAAUGGAAAAGAGUUUGAAGCGAAAUUGAACGUAGAGCAAUUCCCAUUCUUACAGGAGAGUAACGAAUACCAUGGAUUUUAUAUCGGUCUUCUAGGACAUACCCAAAGUGAAGAAAAUACAGAGUUGCUCGAAAAACCACCAGUAACCGCUAAAGAAUCAUCACCAGUGGCGCCUCAUUCAUUCGUGUUUAGUACCACCGACAGAAACGUACCGAAAAGAGAUUUGGAAAUUGUCAAAAAAACUGCACUCAUGUGUGUGUUGAAUGAGAAACACGAUUUUCUGAAUACACUGCGAACCAAAGCAUCGGAGCAUCCACUACUAGGAUUUCUAAAUCCUCGCCAUCCUUUGAACGAAACUUUCACAAGCUUCAUAAAUCAGUAUAAGCAAGUUGCAUCUAAGGAAUUUGAGCUAGGGUCGCUUUUUGUGGAACAGGGACAAAUGGGCUUUCUCAAACGGUGUUUCGAAAGGGCAAAGUACAUGGAAUACUCAGAGAGAAUAGAGGUGCAAGAGGCUGCAACGCAGGAACGGCUCAAACUUCGGUUUUUCUCUUAUGCGUGGGACAAUUUCGAAAUUUUGGGGAAGGUAGAGUUAGGUCUAGAUGACGACUACGCGAAACCGCUUGAAUUUGAUCUUUUGCGACAAAAGACGCUACAGCACUCAUCUACAAGCUCUACUUUUGCAGUUCAUUCGACCAUAUCAUCUACAGCUAGUGUCGAUACUACUGUUGCAGAAAAAGAGACGAAACCCAAGAAGAAAAGCAAAAUGAAGAUACGUGCUGCGGGCGAGACUAGAAUCAAGCAAAAAGGAGGCAAUACUGGCACACAGCCAAUGAUAGAAUGUCCCAUCACACAUAAGAUGAUUCCAGAGGUGGAUUUCGACAAACAUAUUCAGGUCUUGUUGAGCGAUCCAAACUACACGAAGGAAAGACACGAGUACGAAGCCAAAAAUAACAUAUCAAAUCUCACACUGGAAAGUGUGCACCAAAAUGUUAAGCGACUCUCGCAAAACAGAAACUCCGUGCCUACCAAAAGGCAGAAAAUAUGA